AACUCGUUAAAGAAAUUUUACCGGUCGUCAUUGAAUGCGUACGACUUACGGGCUUCGGUAUAUAUGGUACUUACUUUGGUUAAAAUAAUCUGUAUACUAUGGACUCAGAAUCUCGAUGUUCGCGAACCUAUUAAACCUAGCUAUUGUGAAGAUUUUCAUUAUCCUAGAGUUUAGACCAUCUAUAGUACAUAUCUACGGGUAUUUCUACAUGAGUUUCUUCGAAGACUAAUUAAACAUCAGUUACAUAAAAGAAAUCAAAUGUAUCAAGAACAACCAAAUAUGGAUCCGUCCAGCAGACGGAACCUUCCCGGAAAACAACACUUUAUUAUUAAUCCAUAAAAUAGGAAAACGAGCAAAUUAAUAAUAAAAGGGUAUAAAAGGAAAGAACAGUCAACCCCAAGAAUCGUCAAGCCACAUGAAAACGAACGUCGAUUCUGACUCGGCGAAUAUCCAGUCUUGUAUAUAAAUAUACACAUACAAUGAAUCAUCCAUAGAUCUCUUGCUAAACACAUUUCUCACCCAACUCUUCAAAGCAACCAACUUGAACUACCAGAGACUAGUUAGGACAAGUUUUAUGGAGGGGCCAAAUAGGAGGAGCAACAGCCAAGCACAAGAUGACAAGCAAGCUCGCUUCCGAGGCGUACGGAGGAGGCCGUGGGGCAAAUUUGCAGCAGAGAUUCGAGACCCAUCAAGGAACGGUGCCCGUCUUUGGCUCGGGACAUUUGAGACCGCUGAGGAUGCUGCACGGGCGUAUGACAGAGCCGCCUUCAACCUUAGAGGGCAUCUAGCUAUACUUAACUUCCCUAAUGAGUAUUAUUCCCGCAUGGACGACUAUGCGCUUCGCCCUCCUUAUUCCUCUUCUUCAUCAUCUUCGGGUUCAACUUCCACGGGCGUGAGUCGACAAAAUCAAAGGGAAGUUUUUGAGUUUGAGUAUUUGGAUGGUAGAGUUCUUGAAGAACUUCUUGAUUCAGAAGAAGAGAAGAAACGUUAGUUUUGUUUUCUUAUUUCAUGUGGCGCUGUGGUGGCUUAGCUACGUGUAUUAUAUGUGCAUGUAUGUGCUUAUUUAUUACUUAUUUUGGAAUUUUGAUAACGUGCUAUACGGUCAUAAAUUGUAAGAUAAGAUGUAUUUUGCGUUUCCAUGAAAUAUGAUUAUUAAUUAGAUGUUUAAAGUAUAUGCACCAGCUUUCAUGAGGUCCUUUAAUUUGUAGGGGAUAUAUAUUGUUCUCUAAUGAGAUUUACAUGCAGAAACUAUUAUACGAAAUAUUUCAAUAAUAUUGAUAACCUAAUCGUAUUACUUUAUAUAAUUUGUAAACAGAUUAAGUACAUUAAUCCUAUAUGAACCGUUGAUUAAUACCUCUCAAAGAACAU